AUGGCAUUCUGGAUGAAGACGGCUGUCCUUUUUGUCAACAUAAUAACAUCAGCUGUUAGAGGAAGAGUGGAAAAAGAGCUGUCUCCAGAGUGCAGAGACUUCCUCUACAUGGGAACACCACCCACUGGAGUGGAACACAAAUCCCUCCAGUUCAUUUGUCAACAUUACAACAAGAAGCCACGCUAUGUGACGCUGUACAACAUUGUGGACCAUAUACCGGUUUACUCAGCGUACACUUUCAAACGCUCAGAUGGAGAGAAAUGCGUGGAUGUUCCAUGGAUGUAUGAACCCCAGGUAAGGCAAAAUUAAAUGAUGAGAAUGAGGUGCUCAAAACUAGGCUUUGACUUUUUUGUACUGAAUUGAUGUGGCUUGAUGUUUUCUUGAGAAAAUCCUCCAGAAGCUUUAUUUGACUAAGUUGUUCUGUCCUACCUUCAUUCCUUAUCUGUCCUCACUCUAUCUGCCCACACAGCUAUCCACUGGUUCUGACACAGAUGAGAUGCAGCCUUUCCCAAGUGGUUACAUGCACAUGAACUUUGAAGAUGCCCAAGCUGUUCUGGAGGAUUACACAAAUGCCAUCCAUUAUGAACGUGGCACCUUAAACCCAGACGAGCAUCAAGAUGAACCAGACGACAAAGCCUCUACUUAUACCCUCACCAAUGUGGUACCUGUAGUGCCGUACUUUAACAACAGAGUUUGGAACAAACAGGAGCAUAUCAUCCGCAAAAGACUUAAUAAUUACUGCCGUGGAACAGCGUACAUUGUCACAGGUAUCACCACCUCAGGGAAGAUGAUCCGCCGGCACAACAUGAACCGCAUUGCAGUGCCCAAGCACUUAUGGUCUGCUUAUUGCUGUGCUGACUACGACCACAACACACCCUAUAAUGAGCGCUAUAAAUUCCCAUCUUUUGCUUACUAUGGCCUCAAUGAGCAAAACAACGAGGUGGUAGAGGUCUCAGUCCAGAAGCUGAAGGAGUUCCUUAAGAGGACAACCUUUGUAGAUCAGAACUUCCAGAUCUUUGUGGAUGACUGUGUACCACCCACGUCUAAUUAA